AUGGAGUUUACGGAAGAAACUUCUCAUGCUGACGAAGUAAAUAGUGUAAACAGCGACAUGCGUGUACCUGAAAACACCGAAUUAAAAACAACUCAUGAAACUGAAAAUUCAGGAAAUACCAACGGCUCAACGACGCUACCAGUCUCUACAGAGUUUGUCCCUUCUGACACUUUAACUUUGUCUGACGAUCUGCCCAAUUUUAAUUAUUUGCCCUCAAACGGCGAUCGCUCCUUAAAUGGCUUUGAUGACACGAAUGGAGAAUUUGCGUGGCGUGGAACAGAUGGCACAAUUAUUAAAAAUUUGUACCGACUGAUCGAAUUGCGUUCGGAUACAAGCACAACUGGGACAGUGGAUAAAGCUAUUAUCCAUCCGCCAGAUUUGGAAAAUUUGUGCAAUGCAUUGGCUCCCGAAAGUUAUCAUUCCAUCGCCGAUAUACGCUUUGAAAAACUGGGGAAAGAACAUCUCGACCUUGUUGGAUGCUUCGGGAACCGUGAGCUCAUUUUAAAGCUAUUGUUACAGAGCAACUGUAUUAAUCAAGACAGGUUCUUGACUAAACUGACGAAUCACCAAUUCUGCCUAAUGAGCGAUGACGACCUGAAAAACUUCUUAUGGCAACAUCCUCAAACCGGUCUUAGUGGAACAACACGCAGCAAUAGGAGCUUUAAUCUGAAAGUGACAAAGAAUCAGGAACAACAAAGAAGCGUUGACAUUAAUAAUGGAUUUGACAUAAUAUUACACAGGCUUCCCAAUCGCAAUAGCAACUCAUCAACAGCCUACAUUGUAGAAUCAGUCUCGUCACAAUCUGUGGUCAUUAAAAAACAUGUUCCGGCAAAAGUUACGACUAAGGAGGAGAUCAAACAAUAUAACAGUCGGGAUUUUCAAAAAUUUGGACGGAGCAUACGCGAGGGGAAGUAUUCAUUAAAAGUGUCAAAUUUAGGAUACAAAGAGUUGUGGACAUUAGUUGAAGAGG